GCUGCUGAGGGUGCUGGGGCUGCAUAAAUAGCAGCCAGGAGCUCUCCGGGGACAGCAGAGACCCACAGCCAGGAGCUCUCUGGGGACAGCAGGGACCCACAGCCAGCAGCAGCACAGGCAUCUCCCAGCGCUCAGGAUGUCACCGAAGGCGGCCAGCCUUGUGCUGGUGCUCCUGGCCAUCGCAGGGACACGGGCUGAUGUCAACCCGGACGAGGUGGCCAGCGUGCUCUGGAAGUACUUCACGGAGCUGGGCAGCAACGCCAAGGAGACGGUGGACCAGCUGCAGCAAGCCGAGCUCACCAAGCAGCUCAACACCCUGCUGGAGAGCAACCUGAAGAGUGUCAACACCUACGCCGAGGACCUGCAGCGGCGGCUGGUGCCCUUCGCCACGGAGCUGCAGGCGCGGCUGGCGCAGGACUCGCAGCGGCUGAAGGAGCAGAUCCGGCGGGAGCUGGCGGAGCUGCAGGCCAAGCUGGCCCCCUACGCUGACGAGGUCCACCAGCAGAUCGGCACCAACAUCCGCCAGCUGCAGGCCAAGAUGAGCCCCUACGCCGAGGAGCUGCGGGAGCGGGUGGACCGCGGGGCCGGGGAGCUGCGGCGGGCGCUGGAGCCCUACGCCACCGAGCUGCGGGACCGGCUGCAGGACAAUGCCGAGAGCGUCCAGGCCUCCCUCAGCCCUUACGCCGACCGGCUGCAGCAGCAGAUUGACGGCGGGGUGGAGAGCCUGAAGGAGCGGCUGGCCCCCAUGGCGGACGAGCUGAAGGCGCAGGUGGGGCAGAGCGUGGAGGAGCUGCGCAAGGGGCUCAGCCCCUACGCCCAGGAGGUGCAGGACGGCCUCAACCGCCAGCUGGAGAGCCUGACGGCACAGAUGGAGCGGGCGGCGGAGGAGCUGCGCGCCCGCCUGGCCGCCAGCUCGGAGGAGCUGCGUGCCCAGCUCAGCCCGCUGGCCCAGGAGCUGCGGCAGGUGGCCAGCGGUGACGCCGAGAGCCUGCGGCAGCGCCUGGCCCCCCUGGCCCAGCAGCUGGACGAGCGCGUGGGGCAGACGGUGGAGGCUUUCCGGCAGCAGGCGGCCCCCUUCGGCGAGACCUUCGGGCGGCAGCUGGUGGAGAAGCUGGAGGAGAUGCGGGGGAAGCUGGACUCGGGCGCCGCCGGCGUGGAGGACCACCUGGAGCUGCUGGAGAAGGAGGUGCGGGAGAAGGUGGCCGCCUUCCUCAGCACCGCCCGGCCACCAGCCAACUGAGCCCCCCUCCCCAAGUGCCUCAGUGACUAUCCAUCCCCCCCACACCAUCAGAUUUCACGGGCACUGCCCGUGGCAGAAAUAAACUGUCCCCUUGUGAUGCA